GUAAUUAUCCUAAUUUUGAGAAGAAAAAAAACCCUUGUACAUAAUACCUUGAUUCAAAGCACCUGCAGAGCGGGAUGAGGUAUCUGUGCAACUAAUUACACAGCCUCUCCAGAAUGCCACCCUUCCAGCAAUUAUUACACGGCAGGAUAUAUCGUCAGUAAAAUGAAGUUAUGUUGUCAUUUGAGGUGGAAAUUAUUAUACAUUUUUUCAUCUAAUUCAUUCCAAUUAGUGAAGGUUCACGAUAAUGUAGGCCAAAUAUAUGAGUUGUUUGUCAAUUUUCAUCCAUGGAAAUCACUUGCUGUUGUUAAGUGUGCUUUGUUAAUAACAAAAGAACCCGCACGUGGGGUGUUUGUGGUUUUGUGAGGCUGACGAAAGCGGGGCAGGAAGGAAGUCUGUACCCGGGUUAAAUAUCGAAACGAGAGCGGCUUGCAGCGAAGGGGGGUUGGCAUUUUGAAUUCCACCAAAAUUCGUUCUGAGAUCGACUCCCUGAGCGGAUAUUGACGAGACGUGACUUAUUAACCAACGUUGGUGGUUUGUUUUCUUCAAAAUAUACAGUAGCAUACGAACUUGUGUUGUUGUUUAUAUAGUUAGCUGUGUUUUUGAAUUGUAAUAUUUUAUUUUAUACCUCUGACAUGAGCGACAGCUUCGAAGACAACUUUUUGAAUUUGCUCUUUGAGCAAUCGGUGGUGAACCGGUCAGCUGAGUCCACGCAAGAUGUAAACUUCUCGGCAGGAUAUUUCGCAGCGCAGCACGACUGCAGCCAAGCCGCAUUGGGCCCCGGCUACCUCAUGGCCGGUGGCCAGAGAGCCCCGGCGGGAGGGAACGGGAGCGGCACUCCGUACCCCUCCCCGUUCAGCUACGACGCCGGCGGCGGCCUCUUCAAGUGCCCCAAAAUCCACAUCACGCCCGGCGAGCAGGUGGACCAGACGGUCCUGGCCUACGACUCCUCGUUCCUGUCCCACCGGGACUCCCCGCACAGCCUGAGCCCGACGCGCAGCCUCUCCCCGCACAGCUGCCACUCGGACAGCUCCCAGGGGGGCGAUCGAUACGUCCACGAAGUGGACGACGUCGAGCAGGAGAUCGUGCCCAGCACCGAGAGGAUCAACCUGCUCCCCUCGCCCUGCGGCAACGAGGGCGGCUGCCAGACGGAGGCGCGGCACACGCGGCCAGGGUCGCCCUGCAAGAGGCGCUACCCGGCGUCGAUGGAGCACGACGAACGGGAAGACGGCAACGGCGUCGGUGGCGACUUGGCGAUGGCGUUCGCCGUGGAUCGCCAUCACUACCAGCAGCAGCUGCAGCAGCUGCAGCAGCAGCAGCACCCUCCUCACCACCACCCUCACUACCAGCACCACUACCACCACCAGCAGCAGCAGCAGCAACAGCAGCAGCAGCACCACGCGCGCUCACGAUCGCUGUCCCCCAAGCGCACGCAGGGACUGGCCCCGGGCCUCGGUUGCCCCUACAACCUCACGCGCAGCACGGAGCUGCUUCACGUCUCGUCCUACCAGCACGACGGCAGGGGCCACGACUCUCCGAGGGCCAGGAAGGAGGCUCGGCCCUCUGUGGGAGGGCGCCACUACGACUCGUUGCUCUACCAGUACCACGGGCUCGACAAUUACCGCCUCGCAGUGCCGCCCGUCGUCAGCAUGCAGCCGGCAGAUGUGUGCACCCACAGCCCCUUCCUUAGGAGCGACGUGUACCCGCCGCUCGACUGGCCCCUACCGAGCCAGUCGGGCUCCUACGACCUUCGUCUGGAGUCCCAGCCGCGUUCUCACCACAGGGCCCACUACGAGACGGAGGGCAGCCGCGGGGCCGUCAAGGCCCAGGAGGGCAGCCACAUCAGGAUCAAGCUCUACGGCUACAGCAAGACGCCGCUCAUGCUGCAGCUCUUCAUCGGCACGGCGGACGAGCGUCCCGUGCGGCCGCACCCCUUCUACCAGGUGCACCGCGUCACCGGCAAGACGGUGCUGACGCCGAGCCGCGAGCUGGUGCUGGGCGACACCAAGGUCCUGGACAUCCCCAUGCUGCCCGAGAACGGCAUGCUGGCCACGAUCGAUUGCGCGGGCAUCCUGAAGUUGCGCAACGCCGACAUCGAGCUGCGCUCGGGCGAAACCGACGUGGGCCGCAAGAACACGCGCGUGCGCCUCGUGUUCCGCACGCACGUCCCCCAGGCCGGAGGAGCGGAGCCCGUGUCGCUGCAGGUCGCCUCCAUCCCCAUCGAGUGCUCUCAGAGAUCUGCACAGAAGCACCCUCUGAUUGAGCGGUUGAGCAUCAACAGCUGCUCGGUGAUGGGUGGGGACGAGAUGGUCAUCACUGGAAGCAAUUUUCUUCCAGAGUCGAAGGUCAUCUUCACACAGAAGGGAGAAGAUGGGCGGACUGUGUGGGAGAAAGAGGUCGACCUUACGAUGGAGAACUUCCAGUCGGCCAGAGCCUUGGUGCGCGUCCCACCGUACCUUGACCGAAACGUCGCCGCGCCCGUGAGCGUACAGGUUUACGUCUGCAACGGAAAGCAGGAAAAGAGCCAGAACCACACCCUCACUUACCUGCCGCUCACAGGCAAGCGACAUUCACGCCGGACAUCUUGCUGCAGAUGAACAUGCAGCGACACUCCUCGUUAUCCGUCCACCGACGAACUUUCACCUCUUGUCCGCCGCUCGCCCCAACGCAGAUAUUAUUUCCAUUAUUCACCACUCGAUCUUUUAAAUAAAAACGUCUGUUGUACUGAUACACACACAUAGGUCUCAGACACACACACACACACGUGCAAAGCACACACGUGAAUGUCUGUGGUUGUUCAUGUGUAUGUUUGGGGGGAGCAGUAGUGUAAUGGUUUGCGCACAACACCACGAACUCGGCAAUCAGAAUUUGAUUCCCGCUAACAGCCAACAUCGGGAGAGAAUAUCUGAACCGAUCCUGGGCCUCCCCUAAGUGGACCCAACAUUUAAUGAGUAACCGGUGUUGUGGGUAAUCAGCAGUGGGGAGAUAAAGGUGGCACGGGCAUGGUGCUGUCCACCCGGCACCUCAUGCGCCGUGCCCGCCUAAUUAAGUGCUCGCUGACAGAAAUUGCCAACAGUAUGCUGAAGGCUAACAAAAGGGAAUCUAUAUCUUUGUAUAUGUGCAUAUUCAAAGACGAGGGCCUGCGUUUGAUUUCAAGGGGGAAUGUUUAAAAUGUUUUUUUUUAUUUGUAAUUCAUGUACUAGAUUAUAAAA